AUGGCCUUCAAGCUGGGCGUUCAUGCGGUACCGUCGAUGUGCCAAGUUCAACUUCACGUCGUGUCACAGGAUUUCGACUCGGCGCCGCUGAAGAACAAGAAGCGCUGGAACAGCUUCAACACAGCGGCCUUCCUGCACCUAAGCUUUUGGAUACGCUGUUGCGAGCGAGCUCGACUCGAAUGA